CGAGGGUUUUAGGGACGAAAGCGCGUUUUGUGCUUUCCUGGAUAGCUGGGUUACGGCAGCUGUGAAAAGCCGUGCUGUCUCGGCGAAGGCGCGUUGGAUUUGUCGAGCGCUCGACAUUUGCUAGAGGUCUCGCAUUAGAAAACGUACUUUGUUAGAAUUCUAAAGUGUUUACGCACAAGUAGGGAACCCCUCGCCUCACACUCUCGAAACCGUUUCCCUUGUUUCCCCAGGAGAUCCUUGCUAGUGCGCGUCUCUAGACCCCUCUCGGUGGGCGUGCCUAGCACCUUGUCUUGGCCGCGUUGAGUCGCUCUUGUUUCGUGAACUCGAAUUUCCCCGACCCUCCGCCCCUUGUCAAGCUCUUUCAUUUUGAGCAGUGGCCCAAGAACUGUACCAAGAGAGGCAGAGCAGCCCUGCCCGUGUGUCCUUUGUUUCGUCGACUGUUGUGAGUUGGUGUCGCUGCUCUCUGCUAGCGCCAGUUGCCAAGCCUAACUUCGUUUGAGUCGACGACGUUCGUUGAGAGCAGCAGCUUUUUUGAGGUUCUCUCGCGUUGCUGCUCGGUCUCGUCGUCUGACUAUUGUCGAGAACUCCUCUGCGUCUGUUCUGUCGUGUAUGCGGGUCUAAUUUUCCCUCUUUUCUCAAUUUUUGCAACCCCAGGAAGGUGCUUCAACUCACAGCUAGUUAAGGGCAUGGCAUGUCGCUAGUGCUGAGGUCUUCGAAUCGAGAGAAGUGAGGCGGGGAAAGGAAAAGAGAACGCGAGAGAAGGGCGAAUUUCCAUGGCUUCGAGGCGAAAAAAUGUCGCUUUCGUGGCUCUUCUCUCUCGCCUCUCCCCGCUCCAAACCACUCACCGAGACACUCCGGCCGUGUCUUUUUUUUCUCGCAGAACAAGACCUCGCGUUUCACCUGAUGCGUUUUCCUGGCGAGAGUGAUCCGUUUCUCAGACAGUUUUGACGACAGAAAUCAAGUUUUCAUCUUUGUCGUUCUCUCCGCUCGGCUUGAUUCUUCACUCGAGCGCGAGAAUUUCAAGGCUCCCGCAGAGUUUUCUGGCCGUGUCGCGUCUUCCUUUUCUCUUCGUCGCCUCACCUUGUCGCCCUAUCCCUUUUCUGCCCUUAGUCUUGUAAGGUUCGCCAGGUCUCUUGUAUAAACCGUUUCCCCACUUUUUUCUCCGUCUUAUCUUCACUGUCUCUGCCUCUCUAGCCGUGGCGCCCGUGUGCCUCUGGACACUGAAAAUUCUGACGAAGCAAGACCUCCGUUUCGCAAGAGGUCUCUGGGUUCUUUUUCGAAAACGGAGACAGAAGCCCAACGAGGCGGAAAGAGAGGCGGACGGAGAGGGCAGAGACGCCGGGAAUCACUAUACAUAUAUAAAUUUAUACAUUUGAGUCAAUUUUUUUCUUUAAAGAGGACUUGCUCUCCCAGGGAAGGUGUCAUUUUUCAGCGCUCCCCUGUUUCCUUUUCCGGGUCCGAAGACUGUGUAUUCCGGAUGGGACAUUCGUCUUGCGCUGUACACUAUAUCUUUCCGCGUUCCUUGCUACAAGACGUAUUCCGUCCUUCUGCUGCUCGUUGUUCUUACCGUUUUGUUCUUUUUUCUGAUUGUCUCCCUGAGUCUCGUCUCCUUCGGUGGGCGUUGCCCGUUCUGCCUCUGCCGGUCGGGAAAAUGGCAUCUCGUCGUUAAGCUGCAUGGCUCUUCCGUUUUGUCGUUCGUUUCUGCUUAUCGUUCUCCUACACUUUCUCGUCUCUUUCGUCGCGAGGGUAGCGAUCUGUCGUCGCCUUCGUCUUCUCUCGAUUCCCUUUUCUGCCUUACUCAUCUCUGCGUUUCUCCUCGUGCCGUGGUGUGUGUUAGUGGUAUGUUGUCUCCUUUUCCUUGUCGACUUUGUCGUCUUUCCUCGCUCUCUAACUUUGUCUCUUCCCGUUUUUCUCUGUCUCUCCUUUGGCGUUCCUCCUCUCGACUUCGCAAUCACGCGUUUAGGGACGCAUGUCGCUUGUCGCCAGUAGCCAGCUUUCUCGAGUGUUUUCUCUCCUCAUGCAAGCCCACCGUCUCCUCUCCAAUCCUUUGCCUUUCGGCUCUGCCGCUCGGCACCUUCUCUAAUCUCCCGUUGUUUUCUUGGCUCUGUUGGGUAUAUCGCGCCUUUUGGGGAGCAUUAUAUACUACGAGUGUUUGGACUACUAGAUCAGAUCUCGAAUGUCUUGGUUCAUCCUAUGCAGGAACUUCUGUGUUCAUCCGAGUCCUCCGUCUCUGCGCUACUCAUUUGUCUCGUGUCUCUGCUGAUGCACCGUCUGCUUUGUCACAAGUGACCUGGCUACCAGGUGUGUCCGGUUUUCUCUGUCUUUAUGAGAGGAAAAAAGGGAAUAUAUUUUCUCUGUUGGAGUGUACAGAAGGCCCGCCUCUUUGCGUCCGUCUUUCCAUAGCUCCGUUCGCUCUCUCCGCACUGUCUACAGCCGCACACCUCCUCUCAUCUGCCUGUUGUUCGUUCUCUCUAGUUCGUUCUCUCUCGCUUCUUUCCCUCGGCUUUUCCUCUUAUUGACCGCGUAGGUUUUUGUUCAGUACGGAGACACUGUGUUCUUGAUUCGCUUCGUUCUGCGUCCCCUGCUCUCCUUGUUCACCGUUUCAUCGUCUUCUUCCUUUCAGUAUAUCGGCGUUGCGGCGUGUGCCUCGUCGCUUCUUCCUUCGCGUUCGUCUGUUCCACUUUCGGGGCCUCCUCAGUCAGUGUCUCUGCUCUCUGUCAUCCGAGAAAGGUGCCCUUUUCUCCCCCGGUUCCGCUUUCUCCGUCCGCGCUGUUUCUUCGAGUCCGUGCUCAACCCGUGGUGUCUCUUCUCGUCUCGUCUCUCCACCGUCUCUUGGAGCACCGCCUCCGCCGCCUCUCUUGGUUGUCUGGCUGUUUCGCCUCCUGUCCCUGAUUGUCGGUCCUUUUUCUCGAGUGUCUCAUUUCUGUCCGUUUCCUCCUCUCCGUCUAUCUCUGUUUCAUCUACACUGUCUCUUGUUCUUCAUUGUAUCGUUCCUCUCCCUAGCGUUUCCUUUGUCUCCAAAGUCUUCUUUCCCUCUAUUGUAUCACUCCCCUCCCAAGUGUCUCCUUUGUCUCAACUGUCUCCUUUCUGUACACUGUACCGUUCCUCUCAACUGUCUCGUGUCUCUCUGUUGUUUCCUGUUUCAUCUACCUGCUGGCCGCGCCUUCGUUUCUCCCGCACACCUCUCAUCAUUGUCCGGCGCCUGUCGAUUUCUUUGCUCCUUCUUCUUGUGUGUCUUCUUUCUUUUCUUCUCACUGGACAAUGUUUGUCCUCGACCCUGCAGCGAUUUGCUGCUGUGCCGUCACAUGCUGCUGCGGUGUGGGGAGUGUCUGCGCCUAUCGAAAAAGGCAGUCAAUUCCUCAUCCGUCGGAAUGCGCGUUGAUUGGGAAGAUGUAUCGUCUGUGUGGUUGUCACGACCACGACAAAUUCGACGUGCUCAUAGAGAUCCACGAAAUCCACGACCUGACACAGUCGGGGAAAUUCUUCGUCGAGGUGCAUGCAGGCCGCUCCGAAGAGAGAACCGGCGUCUGCUCAGCCAAAAAAGGACGAGUCGAAAUCCAGGAGCGCGUGAAUAUCCAUGUACGCCAAGCAGACAAGACUCUCACUGUGCGUGUCAAGAAGCAGGGGCUCACGUCAACAGAGGCUAUCGGCGACGCGGUCAUCGGUGUGAAGUCCGAACUCAUCGACGGAGCUUUUCCCAAGCGACAGUCGUUCUUUUGUCAAAAAGACGGGAAAACUGCCUGUAAAAUUGUGCUGUCCUUUCAUCGGCUAGACACAGGGAAUGUCUCCCUCGGUGACUUCCAGAUGAGCCCCUUGCUUCAUCAAGCGCUACUGAUUGCACAGUCCGAGGCUGAAGCCCGGGGCGAGACGCUACAAGUCGACAUCCUGAACAUGACGGAGGUAGAACGCCUGCGCUUCCUGUCAAAGGUGUUGGAGGGGCCUUUGAAGCAAAUGAGCUCGAUUGGCGGUGCCUGGAAGAACUUAUACUUCCGUGCUGCCGAGAGACGAAACGGGAAGUGGGAGUGGCAGUACUGGUCCUCGAAGGACGACUGCAUGAGCGGCAUAAAGAAGCGAGGGGCGUACUCGUUUAUGGCGAUUUCACUGGUACUUCCAGACAAGCAUGAUCGGCAUUGUUUCUAUAUACGUUACCACGACACGGGAGGGGUACACGACCUCUUUUUCAAACGCGUAGAUCGGGAUCGGAAUUUGUGGUCAGAUGGUCUCUUCGAAUUCAUUGAGAAGCUGCGCGAGUAUUUGGAGAAGCAUCCCGAGGUAGCGAUGUCGGGGCGAGGCGGUCACUCAUCCAGAAGAGAAAAGAAGAAAGAAGGCGAUGUCGGAGGGAGCAGAACACCCAGGAAGCGCGAUGGCAAGGUGUUGACACCGAGAACUGGAGCGUCGGACGACGCGGGGGACGAUGGAAUCAGGGGCAGAAGUCCACGCGGAUCAGACCGAAGGGCCUUGUCACAUCGAAGCUUUGUAGAUCCGGCUGAGCUAGCCGAGAAACGACGCGUUCUGUCACCGAGAGAAACUGCAGCAGAUGAAAUGACGAGGCCCCGUGCUUCAGUCCUCAAAGGGAGAAUGAUCGAAGGAUUGAUGUACGACAGAUCUUUACAACCGGGGGAGAAGAACGAAGAGGCAAGCGAGGCAGACGAAAGACCACGGGAACGAACCGAAGGAGUUGAGUACGAACGCGAAGAGGAGCAACCCUUACUUUUUACUCAGUAAGGGAGGAGGCCGUGGAGAAGACAGGUUGGGAAGAUGCUCGUCCAACACCCACUGAGCUCUGUCACUGGCCCUCGCCGAAAACUUAAAUCGAAACGACCGAAGCGAAUACACAGAAAUGCCCAGAGAAACAACGUUCCUCUGUGAAGGCGCGAGUUGGAAACAGACCUGUCGCGCCUACGGAAUCUUCUCAGCGGUUCCGCCGUGCAGGCGUUUGUUUUACUCCCUUCGUGUGUAGUUGGUGCUCCUUUCUUUUUCUCUUUUGUCUUCUCCUCAUUCCCCUUCUUAACUCUCAUGUCUUCAUCAUAGUUGUUAGUUUGUGAGUUUCAGCGUGUCCCUGCAUUUUCGUGUCGCCGACCAUGCACAGCUGACUGAGGCUCCUUUUGUAGUAGCUUGAGACUGGGCGGAGGAAAGGCACAUCGGACGGUUGCCUGUAGCGCCGCUGAGCAUGAGUUGCCUCGGACGCAGUGAGUGACAAGUUAUUUGCUUGAACGUACCGCUGCCUUGAUUCCUUCCAUACGUUUCUCUUGUCUCUACUGCAGUUGUUUUUGCGGGCGAGUCACCAUGGGCGUUUGCUUUCGGGGAAAAGGGGCGCCAGAGCGGCGAGGGAAAAGGAACUCUGCCUCCCGAAGUUAGCCUACUGAUAACAUGAUGUCUUGUUUGUCACUUCCAAUAUGUAAGUGGAAGAGGACAGCAACACAACCCACAGGCGCAGAGUUCAGGAAGUUUCUAGUGAGCAGGUUACACUAGGAUGAAGUGCUGAAACGACGCGUAGGAACACAGGCGCAUACGGGCUCACUUGUACGCGAUGGAGCAGUCCCUGAAGCCAGCCCCUGGUACGCAGUAAAGGCAUCGCGGUUGUCCUUCCUUCAGGCAACGACCACACUGCUUCUGUGCUUCCGGGCGUAUUCGCGUUACUGUGACUUGAAAGUAUCUCUAUCAGCACGCUAGUGGAGUACUGAACAGGAGAGCGAGUGUUGCGAGUGUUCUGGAUGAGCCGCUACGCCAAUAGCUCGAAUAGCCCAAGGACACGGCGGCUACUGCCGUCAGUGGCCGCUUGCACAGAGAGACUGAAAGUGACCGUUCCGUCAGACAAGUGGCUCUCGUUUGUAACCACACGGGGAACGCCUGACCGGAGUAAUUUUGGCGUUCCCUCUGUGACGCGCCAGUGCGUCAAGCCGAGCCUUACUAUGUUUCUAUUGAACUGCAACAGAUAGCUCUUCAAAGAUUUGGGUCCUCACUUCCGGUUUUUUGACGUGC